AUGCUCAGGAGCGAGGUAAACCUCGCCUGCGCCUUACUGCAGGAUGCGUUUGGUCCUUAUGUGGCCCUUGUUGGUCGGCAGCUGCUGCUUUGCCGCAGCCUCACCUUCCUAGAGCUGCGAGACAUGCUACCCUCUACUUCCCCGAAAAACGCCUCCACACACGCGGCGACAAAGCCGGCAGGCUCCUCAACUAGCGCAGGCUGGUGCGUCAAGCCUCUUCCUUCGAACGCCAAGAAUGCGCAGACUGCGGCUCUGCCGCAUCAGGGCAGAGAUGAGGACUACUGCAAGCUUCGCAACGCCCUACUGGUCCUCGUGCAACACAACCUCCUGCAGUGCACUCCCGUAACCUCCUCAGGGAACCCCCAAGCAGCUCCCCCCUUCUUCUCCGUUGCAGCGGCUGUACAAGCGGAUGCAGCUGCAGCGCAGCAGCUGCACCAAGGAGCUACUCGCCCUGGAGCUCCCAGCGGCAGCGUCUCCCUCAAUGGGCAGGCAGCAGCGGGGACUGCAGCCACCUUGCCUGCAACACUGCCUCAUGGAGGCGUGCGAUACAGUCUUGAUGGUCGUGCAACGUUAGCGUUCCUGCGAUUCCCCGCAUUUGCUGCCGCCACUGAGGAGGCGCUCGGCAGGGAUGCCAAGCUGCUUUUGUUGCAAGUCUUGAAAGCAGGGCGCGUAUGCAUGCAAGAUGCAGUAGCCUUGGCGAUUGCAGACCCCUAUGCUAACGACGGCGAGGAUGCCACUGCGCAGCCACGGGGUCGUCAUAGGCAGCAAGAGUUGCAGCGGUGCUUCUUACAGUUAGUCUCGAGCGCCUUCUUGGUGCAGAGUGAACCUCCUAUGCCCUCACCUGUGGAGCAACAGCAUCACCAGCAGCAGGACCAGCAGCAGCACGUGCAGCAACAACAGUCAGGAAGCCGCAGACGCAAAGCCGAAGUGAAGCCUGCCUUGCGGAAGCUUUCUUCAAAGACGGCGGAUGUGCCCGCAUACAUCGCAGAUGAUUCCGAUGCAGAGCAGGGAUACGAGGAAGGAGGUGGUCUUCCUGGUUUUUUGAGAAUUAUGUUGGACGAGGGUGACGUAUCUGUAAAGGCUCGCAAGACGACUCCUUCGGGCAGCGCCAGCAGCAGCAACACUCAUGCCCAGAAGCAGCAACAGCUUGUGGAUAGCCUGGUGCUUCGCCUCCAACAGCAACGCGUUCCCUUUCAAGUGAACGCCCCUCUUAUUUCUUUGCUGCUAUGCAAGAAGGCAGUGAAGGAGUUCGUUUUGGCUCGCGUGGGAAAUACUCGGCUUGUGCAGGCAACGGUGGCUGCCUUACUGCAGGCAGUCAGACUAAAGCCUCAGCAGCAGCUGCUGCAGCGCGGUGUAGAUACCCAGCAGCCCACCCCACGCCUGGAUAUACACUGCAAAUGGUCAACGUUUGAUGCCCUAGAAGCUGCGGUUGCAGCAGGGCUUCAGCAGCAGCCGGGAGCCUCUCGGGUGUCUGUGCAGAAGUCGCAGCUGAUCCGUCUGUUGGACGGUUUGACAAAGCAUCCGGACCGCCUCUUGGCGAACACAAUAAAGGAUGGCCAGGCAGCCUAUCGCUUAGACUGGACGCAGAUUAGAGCUCUCAUGCAGCGCCGCAUCCUCUGCGAGACUGUGGUUGCUCGAUGCGGGGAAAAAGCUGCUCGGGUGUGGCGCCGUAUCACAAAUGCGACUGAGAAUCCUGCGGGGAGUCCGCAGACAUACUUCGAUGAGCAGAUGAUCGCUGACGGCUGUCUUCUGCCUCCUAGCGGUGCUCGCCAAGCUAUGUACGCCUUGGCGCUUGCGGGGUUCGCCCGUUUCCACGAGUCGGAUCGGCUGCCAGCAACCUGCACGACGAUGUCCUCCAAGCACGCGCUGGUCAUCAGUUGUUCAUUGGAGGAUACUCAGCAGCAAGUCAUAGAUGUCAUUCUCAGGGCCGCUCUCAACCUCCUAGAGAGGAAGCGCGCAGAAGCACAACACCUCGCUGAACUUAAAUGCAGGACGCAGUGUCUUUCUGACUCGGAGGCGCAGCAGCAGCGGUUAAGGGAAUCCGCCGAAGACCUCCUGGAUGCCAACGUUCUUAAACUUGGGGAGCCUCUUGCAAUUUUAAUGGACCUGUGA